AUGUUCAGCCGUGACUCGACUACUGGCCUUCCCGGUUCGGCAAGGAAGCGAGCGGUUACCCAGCUGCACAACGACACCCCGAAGAGCAGUCACUCUGAUCAACCUGGGAAGAAAAAAAAUUCGCCCACAAGAGCAUUUGUCAGGAAACUGUCGCCCCACUCAGUAAUCUAUAUUUCCAACCAAUCAGGAGGCUCAUCAUCCGCAUUCAAAAAUCAGCCAACCCCUCACCCACACAACCCCUCACUUUCCCCUCCUCCCUUCUUGCCCUCAUCCCUCUCCCUUCUCUUCUCUUCUCCAUUUGCUGUUGUUCCACCCUCGAUCGGACGACACAGUACAUUUGACGAGAAUUUUCGUUUUCCGUCCAAUAAAUAUUUUUUAAAAGGGUUCAUAUAA